UGGCUUGAAAAUAUCAUACUUGAGCUUAGCUGGGAGUCUACUCCAGUCCACUCCACUACGACCAACAUUACCAAAUCGCCAUGGCAACAACACUCACAUCUUCCGUUAUCCAUUCUCACGCACUCCCACGCGCGCCAUGCUGCUUCUUCCUCCGCUUUCGCUUUCCCUUCACUUUCACAUUCUCCCCUUCCAAUUUCCCCGCCAAAUCUUCUUCGCGCCUCGCCAUCAUCUCCGCUUCUUCAUCCACCGCCGAGCACAACCACCCCAACUCCUCCUCCUCCUCUCAAGACCUCGCCGUCCUUCUCGAAGUCCAGGGGGUUCUUAUGGACUCGCACCGCGUUGGAAAUCGCCUCGCCUUCAAUAAAGCGUUUGAGAAGCUUGGACUCGAUUGCGCCAACUGGACUGAACCUGUCUAUUCCGAUCUUUCAAAGAGAAGUGCUGGAGAUGAGGAAAAGAUGGUGUUUCUGUAUUUUAAUCGUAUUGGGUGGCCUUCUUCGUUACCCACAAAUGAGCAGGGACUGUUUGCAAAAAGAGUUUUGCAGCAAAAGGAAAAGGCAUUAGAAGAGUUUGUGAUGUCAAAAAGUCUACCUUUACGACCUGGUCUUGAACAGUUUAUUGAUGAUGCAUAUAAUGAAGGAAUUCCAGUGGUAAUAUUAACGGCCUACAGUAAAAGUGGUGAUAAUAUUGCCAGGUCCAUAAUGGAAAAGCUUGGUGACGAUCGAAGCAUAAAGGUCAUUAUUGUAGGGAAUAAGGAGGUUGAGCAAAGUUUAUAUGGACAACUAGUCUCGGGAAAGGUAAUUGCUUCUGGUUUGGAUGAAGAGCUUGCCAAGGAAGCCAAAAGAGCUGUUUCUGCUGAAAAACAAAGGUUAGCAAAGGAGGUAGCAUCCAUGCUAAAAUUGAGUGUUGAGAUUGAUACCGGCUCAUCUGAAAGUCUAGCUAAGAUUGUGGCUGCACUACGUGCCGGAGCUGAAUAUGCGGGUAUACCCGUCUGCAACUGUGUCCUUGUUGCAGGAAGCCAAUCUGGCGUAGCUGGAGCUACACAGGUGGGCAUGCCAUGUGUUGUUUUACGAAGCAGUUUGACAUCUAGAGCCGAGUUUCCAUUGGCAAACGCUACAAUGGAUGGAUUUGGAGGUGUGGAUCUAACAAUUUCAAAAUUACGCAAUCUACUCCCCAAGAACAGCCAAAGGACUGAAUGAGUUCUAUAUCAAUUAGCUUUCCCAAGAAAUUAGCAAUAAACACAACAUAAUCACAUUUGCUCUGGAUUUCAAGCUUUUUUGCGGGCAUGCAAAGGGAGUUUAAAAUAGCAGUGAGGAAAGAUUAUUCUUGUUAGGGAUUGGCUGUGGGGAAUCCUCUUACUACAGUUGCUGGGUAAAUAUAACUGUAAUGUGUCUGAUGUUAUAUUUUUAUCUAUAAUGGAACUGAGAUCAAUCUUUCUUGCAAAGUGUAGUUACAAGAUGAUAAUGUUUUUCUUUUCUUAAACUGAAAGAUGAGUUAGAAAUGUCUCGUGGGGUGGGAGUGGGACUGUUUCAGGAGUCUGAGUAUAUAUAUGUUUGGUAAUUGACUUCUGUAACGGAGUUUGAAUCCGUUGUGUAUUUGGGUACCAUAUCCCAAAGGACUGAAUCUACGUCAAAUUGAAAGUCUUUUGUUUGGACUUGAAAACGUAAGGAGAAAACGUAAAUUCAGAGUAA